UCAACGAUGUUGCCCUGAUCGGGUGUUUUACUAUGCGGGCAGGACCACUCUGUUCAGAUAUGUGAGCUUGGUCGCGAUAGGCAGCUCCACGAAGUUACGAGAGAGAAGGACUUCGGAUCCCGGAUACGGAACGCUGUCGUCAUGGGUGCGCCCCGGUAUUCUCGCGGAGCAGGUGGCGAGAAUAUCGGGGACUCUACCUAUGUAAAAACUGAGGACAGUGAUACGGAAAUGGCCGAUUCGAGCUCGCCGACCUCGGCUCUCCCGGACCCCAAUGGAACACUGCCCCCUCAGCUACUAGUUUUAGUGCUCGAACGGGGAGACUUGGUGUUUCUGUUCCUGCACCAGGGGCCCCGGAGAAGCUGGGAUUUCGUUUCCUCGACCCAGCAUGUGCCGGGACAACGACUAGUCUGCCCAGGGUUCCACAUGGCUAUUGACCCUUCGUCGAGGUUCCUAGCCCUGGCUUGCUCCGAGAACCUUUUCAUCAUGUAUCAUCUCGAGUCGAUGGAAACGCUGAGAGAACAAUACUCUCGCGAUGGCACUUUGCAGCCAAUCAAGGAGAAGGUGGCUCGGGCAGUCAAGGGUAUCAUCCACAAAAUUGAAUUCCUUCACCCUCAUCAUGGGAACGAAUAUCAGAUAAUCCUGCUGAUCAUUGUUGUCCAACCUGAGGUCUCGAGACUAGCAGUGUACGAAUGGGAUCGUAGGCUUGACAUGACGGAAGUUUUCCUGGAAGAGAGAAAUGGAUAUAGACUUGAGGAGAAUUACCGCAUGCCGUUGUUGGUCGUGCCUCUAAAGGUCCGGAACGCCUUUUUGAUGAUUACCGAGAGAAUCACAGCGACUUGCUCCGAUAUCUUGAGCGGCCCUCCCGAAUUUGUUCCCUUCGACCUAGCCAACCGAGAUGACACGGAAUUGCACCACGGGACAAGAGAGCCGUUGUGGACAGCUUGGACACGGCCCAUAAGGCACCCUCCGUAUCAUGACAAGAAGGACGUUAUCUACUUGGCAAGGGAAGAUGGUCUCAUUAACUUCCUCGAAUGUGGCGACGAGUCCGAGAUCGAAACUAGCGUUAGCAUGGGCUCUGUGGAUUGCAAUAUUGACACGGCUUUUGCAUCACUCUUUCAUCCUUUUGGCGAUGUUCUGGUUACAGGCGGCGACUCUGGCCCAGGAGCAGUUUGGAAUGUUGAAGCGAGACAGUCACCACAGAGAAUUGGCUCUAUCCCAAAUUGGUCGCCGACGGUGGACUUCGCCGUAACUAAUGCCGCAACGGGGGAGGAGCACGAGGAUAAUUCCGCUACGUCGUGUGCCACCGAUAAUAGAGACCCCAGUUCCCUGCAACCAGGGAAGGUUUUUGCCUGUAGCGGCAGAGGCAUAUUGGGUGCCAUCACCGAAUUUCGAUAUGGCAUACAGGCUAGAAUUGGCCUGGAUCUUUCAUACUCCUCAAACAUCAGGCGGUGCUGGGCCAUAUCCCCUUAUAUGGGAGCCGCGGAAGAUGGUUUCUUCUUGCUGCUAGCACUUCCGAAUGAGUCGUCCGUUCUGCAUCUCUCGGGCGACCUGAAUGAAGUUUCAGAACUGGACCACGACGCUAUACCCUAUGAUCUCUCUUCAACCACGUUAACUGCCCAAGAGGCCGAUGGCGUGGUGGUGCAGGUUACAACAACUUAUAUUACGAUCGUGACACCGACUGCCUGCUCUCAAUUUCGAAUAGGAGACAUUAUACACAAUCAUACCGCCGUCGUCGCCGAUGCUGCCAUUCGGGGUGACUCCAUUGCGCUCGCAGUAUACUCUAGUUCGGAAUUCAAGAUCGCGCUGUUAAGCAUCGAUGGCCUCCAAGUUUCUUCCCAACGAGUAUUUGAUAUCGGAGGCGAGGUAACCUGUCUCGCUGUAGAUAAGUUGGCUGGAAACGAUGUAAUCCUGGCCGGUCUCUGGCAAGGCGAAAGCUCAACCCUAGCAGUAUAUCACACCAAAUCCACGCCACACGUUCCUGCGUCGCCUAUAUUGGUAGAAUUACGGCCAGGUGCUGGCUUCAACCCUGGGGAUCCCGCAGGGGGCGAGGUCGUUGGAGCUUUGACAAGCAUCGUACAUCUUGGCGAUCGGUCCGGCAAGGCGAUCAUCGCUGUCGGGACAAGGGACGGAUACGUAAUCACUACGCAACUCGGUGAUGGAGAUGCUACGAGCCACGAAAUAUGUUGGGAUAAGCUUAGCGUGUCGCCGUCCCAUGUACUAUCUGGCAGCGCCAUCGGGGACCCGAAUUCUCUCCUGGUCUGCAGUGACGCCGAGUUGGCAAUUGUGACCAACUAUACCAGCGACUCUUUCGGAACGCGGUUUGAAGGGAUACACCGCGUUUGGCCAACAGACGGAGAUCGCCCUAGCAUGCCUUCGCCGCCGAUCAACUUCGUAGCGGAAUUGCGUCGACCACUUAUCGGAUACGGAGAAUCGAUUUUGGUGAUGGUUUCGGGGGCGCGAAUAAUGAUCACCGAAUUGCAACGCCGGCCUAAGUUGGUUCCGAGAUAUUUUCCAGUCGAGGGCACGCCAGUCAAGAUUAUGUUCUCCCCGCAACUAGAGGCCCUCAUUACCGUUGUUUCGAAGAACGGGCGACCCUCGCUACACUUCCUCGACCCUACGACCGGGCGUGAUCUAUCGCAACCGCUCGAGAGGAGGAAGUCGAAGGAGGCUUAUACGUACUAUGAGGUCGACUAUAUUACUGGUCUGGGCAGCUUAGAUACGAGAGCCAUCUCGCUCACCACAUGGUCUUACAGGUGCGGAGGGGUCCAUGGGGAUUGGAUUGUCCUCGCUCUCAGGAGGAGAGCAAAUGAAGGCCUUCUCCUGAUCAUUUCAGCCGAGCCCGAUAACACGUCGACACAGACCGGUAUGCCCCGGCUAAUACGGUUCUGGACAAAAUUUGAUCGGAAAAUCCGAGACGGACCUAUCUGGUCAGUUGCUACGGACGAGCAUGGCGUGUUCCUGUGCGUUGGGAAUCUAAUCCAAUACCACAUAAUCGAACAAGGCAAGUUUAGGGUUGUGAGGCAGUGCGAACUGCCAUCUCCGGCUUCGUGGAUGCAAGUAGUGAAUGGACGGCUCCACGCCCUCACCACCAAGCAUUCGCUCGUGGUCCUCGACUAUAAAAGUGAGCCCUCCUUCCCAGGAGAACAGAUGAGCCAACUCCACACAGACGACACUUGUCGAAGUAGCCUGCAUUCCAUCGAGGUCGGCUCGUCGCUGAACACUAUAACUAUGCUGUCAGACCCUAUGUGUGGCGUCCACGGCCUAUGGACUCCUCCAGAAAACGAGAGGCCGUUGCAGCUGAUAUUCCGGGCGGAGCUCCAGGCAUCCAUCAGGCGGUUCGCCCGGGGGUAUACCAGAGCUUUGUGGGGCACAUUUAAGAACAGACCACGUUACGGGUGCAUCAGGAGCGGCCCGGCCGGCUCGGAUAUCUUGGGCUUGACUAUCGAUGGGUCGCUCCAGCACUUUACACUUCUGGAUGAAAAUGCGUGGCGACUCCUGCGAUUCAUCCAGAACGUGGCGGCGACGUCCCCGGCGAUCUGCCCUUAUAUCUCGUCGAGGCAGGGAGAGGACGAGGUGGAUCCGGAGCCGAGAUUUGACCCGAAGCUGAACAUGCAAGUGGACGGAGACGUGCUGAAGAGAUGCCUCGACAAGCGUGCGCUGGAGAUGCUGAUGUCGGAGCAGCACGCGGAACGCUUCCGAGAGCUUCUCGGCACCCUAGACAAGGAAGGCUAUCUGUCGUCGCGCGAAGGGCCCGGCCAGGACACGGCUUCCUACGAACUGGGCUAUAGCAUCCUCACGUACUAUCUCUCGCCCGUUCUUUAGCCCGCAUCGACGGGACCAGGGGGUGUCGGAGAUGGAAGAGCUUCGUUCGGGGGCCUCUUUUUUUAUAUGAAAACGCAGGGCGUCGACGCUAUGUUCGUGAUAUGUGCACGCAUCUACCCCUCCUUAUAAGGCCUCCCUUCGAGGGACCUCUCUGAUGUGGAUAUUGUAGGUAGCUGAUCACGUAGGAGAUGGGAGGCUAUAUGUCUUGUGAGGUGUAGAUAGGGAUGAAUGAUGACCAAAACUUCUUCUUCGGAAUGGACGAGAGGGACUCGAGUGUGCCACUAGCGGAUAACACGAGGAAAAAGAGGGACUGGAGAUGUAACCUAGGACCUGGAAAUUCUACUUUGCUACACUUUCAUGGUGGUCUUCUGUGUGCAUGUUGCCUACCUGGGUUACCUUAGGUGUCCAAAUGCCUACUCUGCUUAUCUUAUCGAUUAGAUAUACCUA